AUGAAUAUACUGUAAGUUAACAAAAUCUUUAAUAAUUUUUUAAAUUUUUUUUAUUUUGAAAAUUUUGGAGAUAUUUUAAGUUUUUUGAAUUUUUUUUUAUUUUUACGUGUAAAGGGGCAGGCUAAGGCUUAAUUUGUUUGAUCUGGCUUGGCCAGCUUUAGGAAUAAAACAAGGCCGAGCUUAGUGUGUUUCGUAAAAGAAAGUUCUUGUCAUUUUUUGCUUUGUAAAGAAAGUUAUUGCUGUUUUUCGUUUUUUAAAGAAAGUUCUUGCCAUUUCUGUUUUGUAAAGAAAUUUUGCACCAUUUUAUGAUUUGUAAAGAAAGUUCUUGCGAUUUUUAUACAAAAUACGAAAAAUCAAAUGUUCUGCAAGCUGGGCGUGACAAGUUAUACGAAAGAUGCGUUUUAAGAGCUGGAAAGAAAGUUCUUGCCAUUUUUUGUUUUGUAAAGAAAGUUCUUGCCAUUUUAUGUUCUUCAGGCCUGCUAAGGCCAAGUUUAUUUGAAAUCCAGUCCAAAAACGAAGAUAAUCUCUGGAAUAUAUGACUACAGCUUCCAUAAAUCAUAUUUUAUGCGCUUUGUUGUCAUACAUAAUAUUGUUGUUUCUAAAUCCCUUUGCUUUGAUAUCCGACUAUUAAGCUUCUUCUUCAAGUUAUUAGACUAUUAUACAAUCAUAACUUAAUCGCUGCGCGUGUAUUUGAUCUGUCGCAUUUUGAAUUUGUCAGAUUUUUUAUAUUUUUUUUUUGUCUUUUUAGGUAACAAAAUUGAAUUUUUACUAUUUUUAAGUGUUAAGAUUGAGUUUUAGUACCUUUUUGGGUAAAGAAGUGAAAUUUUAGACAAGUUUUAAGUGAAAAACGUUUAGGCUAAGGCUAGGAUUAAAAUCUUGCUUUGUAAAGAAAGUUCUUGCAAUUUUUUGUUUGGAAAAAAAAGUUUUUGCCAUUUUAUGUUUUGUAAAGAAAGUUCUUGCAAUUUUUUUUGUAAAGAAAAUCCUUGCCAUUUUUUGUUUUGUAAAGAAAGUUCUUGCCAUUGCGACAGAUCAAUUACACGCGCAGCGAUUAAGUUAUGAUUGUAUCAUUCUAAGCUUUUAAAAAGUCUUGUCGCUAUUUUCUACUUUAUUUAACGAUAAAAAACGACAUGACUUUUUUACUUUAUUUAACUGAAAUUUUUUUAAAAUUAUGAUUUGUCGAUUAAAAAUGUUUCAAAUUUUUGCUUUUCAGUAUUAAAAGUUCAACUUUCAGGAAGUUUAUGAAAAGAAACUGGCUCAGAGUACUAUAUCCGUCACGAUGGGUAAGUUAACAUCAAAUUUUUUAUUUUAAAAAUUAAAAACAUUUGAAUUUUUUUUAGCUUGUGGCAAACUUUUAUUAAAUUUCUUGAAUUUUUUAAUUAAAAAAAUUUUUUUUUAUUUUCAGAAGCCCUUCCUACUGAUUCUGAUGUGUUUAAGCGGGUCUAUGAUUGUGUACAAGAGGUGAGUCCAAUGGGUACACCGUUCUAUUAGGUGGUUUAAAUAAUUCUGCGCUUCUCUAAUCCGGCAAAUUUGCUUUGAAAAGAGGCUCAGAAUUAUGUGAACGGCUUCAUAAUUUAAUUUUGUAAAAUUGUUUUAAAGAUUUGGUUUUCUAUAGAUUUUUUGACCGUUUCUCUUACUUAUUGGCUUUACCAGGUCAUUCAUACGAUCCAUCAUAAGAUUAUACUUCUAUUUACUUAUUGACCGGAGAUUUUAUAUUAUUAAUGUCUAUGUAUUCGAUAGUAAUUUUGUGUUUUGCAUGUUACUUUAUAUUAUAUUUACCUUUACAUUUUCAGUGUAAUAGUGUCUAAAUCCAUAUCGACAGCCAUCAAUCUUUCAAAACAGAAUUACGAACGGUUUGUCAAUGAGACUUCAGAAGGCUCUACUACACCAUCUACACCGAAAACUACAGAAAAAUCGCAGUACAGUAAUUUGCUGGAGAAUGAGUGUAGAUUCCCAUCGUUAAUACCAUGGGAGUUCGAUAUACAACACCUAAGUCCGGUGGCGGCGUAAGUUAUAGUAGUUUUGGGGAUUUUAGGAGGUGCAUUGGUUUAUUACUACCCUACCCUACUCUACCCUACUGUACCCUACCCUACCCUACUGUACCCUUAUCUCUACCCUCGCUACAGCUUUCUCUAAUCUACCUUACUCAUGGCCCUAACCGUAUCCUUCUUCUAUCCUACUUUCCCUCUACUUUACCUAUAGCUUUCUCUGUUCUAUUUAUAGCCUUUCUAAUCUACUCUACUAUACCCUUACCUAAAAUCCUAUUUUCAGGCCAAUUCUCUGUCCAAAGAACAUGUCCAACUUGGCGACAUUUGACGAAGACGGCUACCUACUUAUUCACAAUGAUCUCGACGAAAAUUUCAGGCGGAAAAGUUUUAAAAAUGUCAUGUAGGUUACUGUAAUUUAAAAAAAUAUAUAUUUUUUAAAAAUUUUUUUGAAUUUUCUUUUUUAUUUUAAAGAUGAUUUUUUACCUAUAAUCAAGCCGUAUUUUAGGUGUAAUGUAUCAAAACUAGUGGGCGGUCUAAGGCCGAAUCAAAAAGUGGCACUGGAGAUUCCAAUGAAUCUUACUGUAAGUUAAUUUUAUUGUUUUUAGUAAAAAAAAAUGAUUUUUUUGUAAAUUUUUAAAAUUUUAGUUAAAAAUGACUUCAAAGACAAAAAUAAAUGUGGAUCAAUUUGUGGUGAGAUGUUAUGACAAGUUGAAGGAAAAUGGCACAAAUAUUGAAACUGAAGUUUUAAUCUACCAACGAGGCUUUGCUGGAUUCGCUAAUCAGGAGGUGGGUUUUUAUCAUGCUUUAUCAUGUCCUACCUUACUUUUAUUCUUACUCUUACCCUUGCUUCUGAUUCUGCCCCUACUACCACUCUAGCCUUUACCCUUACUCCUUACUUUAACUAUACCUUUACUUCUACCGCCAGCUUUAACCAUACCCUUGCUCUUACAGGUGCUCUUACCUAUUUUCUCAUCUUUACCUUUGCUUCUACUUUUACCCCUUUCUUUACUUCUAUUUCUGCCCCAACCAGUAGCUUUGCCUCUAGCUUUACCCCUACUCCUUCCCCUAACUCUACCCUUAACCAUAAUUCUACCUCUACUCUUAGUCCUACCCUUACUUCCCCCCUUAGCUGUACCGCUACUUCUACUCCUACCCCUAGCUUCACCUCUACCUUUACCCUUACCUUUAGCUUUACUUCUACCCUAACCUUUAUACUUACCGCUCCCUCUACCCUUAUCCUGACUACCACCUCUGGUUUUGCAUUUACCUCUAUUGUCACUUUUUUUACCCAUUUUCUUAGCUUUACGUCUACAAGUACCCAUAGCUUUACCACUACCCCUACUCAUACCUCUACCAAUAGCUUUACCUCUACUUCUACGUUUACCUCUAGUUUUACCUCUACCCCUACCUCUAUCCUUACCCCUACCCAAUUCCAACCGCAAUAACUUCAUUCCAGACUAAUAAGCCCACCCUAGCCAAAGCGAAUCCUAAAGCUCCAUCACUAGUAGUCCUGGUACUAGACUCAACCUCACGAAACCAGUUCCUCCGACAUGCUCCAAAGUCAUGGUCCUAUAUGAAUCAAUUAGGGUUCAUGACCUUAAAUGGCUACACAAAAGUUGGCGACAACUCUGGAGUCAAUUUACUGCCCAUUGUAGCCGGUCUAACCGCCGAGACGCAGGUCGGCGAAGAUGGCCGAGGAGUUCUGAAGAAGACAGAGGUACCAGUUCAGCAUGAGAAGUACGAACAUUUGUGGGAUUUGUUCAAAAGUAAGGGCAUUUUUUAGGUUUAUAGAGUAGGGGAGAGGCUUGCGUUACGGUUGCGUGUAGGGUAGGGUAUAUAGUGUUAUUAAAGGGUGGGGUACUAUAUACAUCAAAAGGUAGGUCAAAGGGUACUGUACGGUGUAGGGCGUAUUUUAUAUGGUAGAGAACGGACUUUGGUUACGGUGUGGUGUAGGGUAGGGUAAGCGGUAGGGUACGGUAUGCGUCAAGGGGUAAAUCAGUGGAUACUGUACGGAGUAGGGUAGGGUAGGGUAGGGUAGGGUAGGGUAGGGUAGGGUAGGGUAGGGUAGGGUAGGGUAGGGUAGGGUAAGGUAGGGUAGGGUAGGGUAAGAUAUAGUAAUUUCAGGUACAUUACAGGAUGAUACCGUACUUAAAUUUCAUUUUGUGGUACUUAAAAAUAUUUAAAACUAAUUUCAAGAAUUUCAGAACGAAACUGUGUGACAAUGAUCAACGACGACAUUAUGCACCCCUCUCGUGGCCUGUUCGCUUAUCAUUAUCAUAAAGGCUUCGCGAAACCUCCAACCAACUACUACUUUCGACCAUUCGAAAUAUUCAAUGUCAAGCAGCAAGUGAAACCAAAGUUGGGAGAAUGCACUGUUCAUGGCGUGGUAGGUUGGCUAUGGUUUGGAAGGAUGGGGUUGAGGAGGGAGGUGGAGAAAGUGUUGCUGUUUUGACUUUUAAAAGUGUCUAUAGGUACUUUCGAAAAAAAAAUUUUUUUUGGGCGGGGUAAAAAACUUUUUGGGGGGCGGAAAGGUAAAAAUUUUUUUUGGUGGUUUAGUAUAAAAAAUGAAAAUGUGCUUUAGGCUUUUUGAUAAAUUUUUCAUUUUAGCCAGUAAUGACACAGCACUUCGACCUGUUUGAAAAGUUCUCGCGAGCCUACAAAGAUUACUGUCACUUUUCGUUCAACUUCUUCACCACUUUAACUCACGACCAUGCCUAUCAGCUGGAGGCUGUUGAUGAGCAGAUUCGGUAUGUUUUAGCGUAGAAAAUUCAUUACAAUUUUCCUUUUUUUUUACUGGGAGGGGUAAUUUUUUUUUGAGGGGGGGGAGGGUGAUCUUUUUCGGGAGGGUCAAAUUUUUUUUAGUAGAAGUAUAUAUUUAUUGAUUUAUAUUAAGGGAGGGGUGAUUUUUUUGGGGGGUGGGUAAAAAAAUUUUUUUAAAAUUUUUUGAAAUUUUAUUUUGAGUUAAUAAAAUGGAGUAAAAUACCAAAACAUGCCGUUCCCCCAUUUUCAGUGACAUCCUGGAGACAUUCAACGCCUUAGGCGUUAUGAACAACACAGCCGUAGUGAUAAUGGGAGACCAUGGUAAUCGUAUCGGAGGUAUACAACACACAUAUACAGGUAGAAUUGAAGAACGAGCGCCAUUAUUUUCGUUAUAUUUGCCUGAGGAAUUCAAAAAGGCUCAUCCGGAAUUUGAAAAAAAUUUCAAUUUUAAUGCCAACCGGCUGACAAGCAAUUAUGACAUCUACAGAACGCUGAAGGAGAUCGCUCUGGCAGGUCAGGAGGAUAAAGAAGGUGAGGAGUUGAGGUUUUUUGUUUAGAUUAUGAGGUAAAAAGCUCGAAAUUAUAGCAUUUUAGUUGGUCGACCUAUUAUAGUAGGUUGUUUAAUUAAUUUUGAGCUUCAAUUCAAAGUUCGAAAAAAAAUCUUAAUGGCUCAGGAUUAUUUUAAAAAACUAAUAGUAAGCGAAGAUCCUGGUAAGCUUUCUUUCAGGUCAAGUCAAUUCUUAAUAACAUUCCUUUUCAGCAUCGAAGUACCGAGGCUACAACCUCUUCCGAGAACAAGUACCCACAAAUAGAAAGUGCUCAGAAGCCGGAAUCCCAGAAAACUUUUGUCUUUGCAUGCAGAAAGACCCUCUGCCAAAGUUUAACCAAACCUCGAAGCAAUACACGUUACUGAAGCAAAGAAUCAGCAGUAAAUUAAAGGAAUACGGAUGUAUCAACAUCACCAACAUUAACUUUCUGGAGGACAUACUUCAGACUCAUUCUAUAAGUGACAUGGCUAGAAAGGGAAUGAGGUCUCCACCAGCGUAGGUUCAUUUUGAAGGUUUUGGUUUUAGAGGAAAUAUUGUAGUAGAAAAACAAUGGCAUUUUCAAAAAUUGCCAUUUUAAAAUCAACUUUUUUAGAAACGAAACCCAAAUACCUCCAAGAAUGUUCAAGGAACAAAGAUUCAUCUAUACCUACAUAACAACCACAACAACUAACGAACAUCCCCUUAGGCUAAUGGUCGAGGUCAAGUACUACCCAAAAGAAGAGGUCAUGGACGUGAUAUCUACCCCCAUUUUAGUCACCGAGGACAACAAACCCAUCGGGAUCAGCAUUACUGAUGUGUGUAAAAAUUAG